UUUGUCAGCAGAUUAUCUAAUAUGGUCAUUAACAUCAACAUUCAUAACUUAAUUUUUGGCUUGUAAAUUAUUCUUAUUUAUCGACACUGUCUAUUUCGUAAAUAGAUUUAAAAGUUUGUGGAGUUAGAAAUUAAAUAGCUUAUAUUACUUAAGUAAAUAACAUUGCUCUUUCUAGCUUUUCUAGCACAGCUGUUUGCAUUAUUUCGUCAGAAUGACAAUGGGCGAUGAAUCACCCGUCACUUCCUUGGUUUUGCCUGUACUCAUACGCCCCGUAUUAUCACAGCUUGAAAAGUACCAUGUUGGAGGUUCUCAAACAUUACGUGCAGCUCUCACUAAAGCAGAAGCAGCUGUUCCUGGGCUUAACUAUGAUUUGGUGGCUGGAAUCAUGAGACGGGCAGAGAUACCUGUGAAUAUGAAUGAAAGCUUGCUACGUUUACAAGGAAUACUUACUGAGUCUGAAUGUGCAGAUUUAAGACUGAACCGAACUGAGGAGGCAUUCCAAGAAUUGAACAAAAAAUCUUCAGCCCUGAAGAAAAUUCUCAGCAGAAUUCCUGAUGAGAUCACUGAUCGCAAAACCUUCCUGGAGACUAUUAAAGAAAUUGCUUCAGCUAUAAAAAAGCUGCUGGAUGCAGUUAAUGAGGUUUCUACCUACACCCCUGGAGCUGGGAAACAGGCUUUGGAGCAAAGAAAAAGAGAAUUUGUCAAGUACUCAAAGAGAUUCUCCAACACCCUGAAGGAGUAUUUCAAAGAGGGACAGGCAAACGCUGUUUUCGUAAGCGCCAUGUAUUUGAUUCAUCAAACAAAUCAAAUUCUCUACACGGUGAAGUGCAAGUCAGAAUAAGAAAAAUAUAUAUUAAUUUGGAUUAGUAGAAGGUUAUUUUAGUUAAGACUUUUUUGUUAUAUAUACACUAUAUUAAACAGUAACAAAAAUUACUAAGUUUAAAAUAAGUAUCAUUAAAAUAUUACUUCGUAUUAUUGUAGAUUGUUAUUUUAAUUGUGGAAAAUUUGUGAGAUUGUAAAAUCUGUAAUUGGUACUGAUUUUUUUAAACUAAGUGUCAAACUUGAUUAAGGGAAAAACAGACAUAAAAAAAGCGACACGCACGUCCAUUCACUUCGGCCGAUUAAAAAAAAUUGAAUAUAGCUGUUUUGUUGAAUUAAACAAAUUCGAACAUCCCGAACAUCGAAUUGGCUUGACCUUUGGAACUUCUUUAGUGCGUCGCACACGCAUUAAUGAAGUCGCGUUGGAAACAGCUACCAUACUAUACUUUUUUUUUAAUAUUUUUAUAUUAUUUUUUUAAUAUUACAUAUAUUAAUAAUUAUUUUAAGAUGCCUAAACUCAUUUGUCCAUCCUCGGAAAUCUGUCAAAACUCCUUAUCAAUGUUGUAGUUCUUUUAAACACUUAUAUAUGUCAAUACUUCUUGAUGUUAAGGUGGAUUGUAUUAAGGAUUUGGGUUAGAAAAUUUAAAUAAUUUAGUAGAAAUGUUAUUUUUAGGUUAAAAGUAUUAUUUUAAGUCACCAAAUUGUAAAUGUUGAAAUUAUAAAGUCAUGUUAAUAUGUAUUCGUUUACUUAA